AUGGAUAUGAUCUUCGCCGCCCAUCAGCUUCAGGAGAAAUGCCAGACGAUGCGGACCCACUUGUACUCUACGUUAGUAGAACUGACGAAUGCCUUCGACAUGGUGAAUCGUGAAGGACUGCGGAAGAUCAUGCGGAAAUUCGGCUGUCCGGAGCAAUUCAUUGAGAUGGUGCGUCAACUCCACGAUGGCUUGAUGGCGCGAGUCACGGACAACAGAGCUGUCUCAGAGGCAUUCGCAGUGACCAACGGAGUGAAGCAGGGAUGCGUGCUGGCGCCUACCCUCUUCAGUCUCAUGUUCUCUGCCAUGCUGAUGGGCGCCUAUCGUGAUGAAAGAGAGCGAGAAUUGAGAGCAUAA